CGCAGGCAACAAAAGUGAUACAAGUUUACCCAGCCAGUGCUGCCCAUUCCUUCUGUUACCCCUUUCCUCCUGGUGAAGUGGUUGAAUCUCACCAGCAGAGCUGUCAGCUGGUUCUUCCGUGGCUCCUGGACAGUGCUCAGUGUCAGCACCUGGCUCCCAUUUGCACCAGUCAUCAGAACCAAUGGAGGACUUCUGGACCCUUCGGCCCUUUUAUGACUCGGCAAUACAAGUGAACUCCACGUCGAUGAGCUCAGCAUCCCCGCACUCAACAGUGAACUCAGUGGUUGGCCAUCAGUCAAUGAUUGGAUCUUCAAUAAAUGCUUCACGCCCCCUCACCUCUCCCUUGGGAAGCUUGGCCUCUCCAGUCAAUGGACUGGGCUCUCCAUACCCCGUCAUCACAUCGUCAAUCGGCUCUCCCUCCGUAUCCUUGCCGUCCACACCAGCUGUUGGCUACGGAGCACUCAACAGUUCCCAGAUUAAUGCGGUGAACAAUGUCAGCAGCACAGAGGAUAUUAAGCCACCUCCUGGCUUGACUGGACAUGGAAAUUUGAACUCCUACAGCCCCAACUCAAUGGCCAAGCACAUCUGCGCAAUAUGUGGAGACAGAUCAUCAGGAAAACACUAUGGAGUGUACAGCUGUGAGGGGUGCAAAGGCUUCUUUAAACGGACCGUGCGCAAAGACCUCACCUAUACGUGCCGGGACACCAAGGACUGCAUAAUUGACAAGCGCCAGCGUAACCGCUGCCAGUACUGCCGCUAUCAGAAAUGCCUGGCCACCGGCAUGAAGAGAGAAGCUGUGCAGGAGGAGCGUCAGCGGGGUAAGGAGAAAAGUGACAAUGAGUUAGAGCCCAGCAGCAGUGUUAAUGAUGACAUGCCAGUAGAGAAGAUUCUAGAAGCAGAGCUGGCUGUGGAGCCCAAGACGGAGACGUAUGUGGAGGCCAGUCCAGGAAAUUCGUCCAAUGAUCCGGUCACCAACAUUUGUCAAGCGGCAGACAAGCAGCUCUUCACGCUGGUGGAAUGGGCCAAGAGGAUUCCUCACUUCUCCGACCUCCCUCUCGACGAUCAAGUCAUUCUACUUCGGGCAGGCUGGAAUGAGCUGCUCAUUGCCUCUUUCUCACAUCGCUCUAUCUCUGUGAAGGAUGGGAUUCUCCUGGCCACAGGGCUGCACGUCCACCGCAGCAGUGCCCACAGCGCUGGCGUCGGCUCCAUCUUUGACAGGGUUCUGACUGAACUGGUUUCUAAGAUGAAAGACAUGCAGAUGGACAAGACAGAGUUGGGUUGCCUUAGAGCCAUCGUUCUCUUCAAUCCAGAUGCUAAAGGCUUAUCAAACCCUGGAGAGGUGGAAUCUUUGAGGGAGAAGGUAUACGCAUCACUAGAGGCUUAUACAAAGCACAAGUACCCAGAGCAGCCAGGCAGGUUUGCCAAGCUGCUCCUCCGACUGCCAGCCCUCCGCUCGAUUGGACUCAAGUGCCUUGAGCACCUGUUCUUCUUCAAGCUGAUUGGUGACACCCCUAUUGACACCUUCCUGAUGGAGAUGUUGGAGGCUCCUCAUCAAAUGACGUGAAGCCAUUCCCUGCCUUUCCCUUAAAUGUCAAUCUGUAAAUAUUUUCACUAAUUGUAUGAAUAGAACCAAGAUAAUGCCAACCGUCUAACUUGUAAAACAACACAUAUUUUGUACCUUGAACAAGCACAGUGUAGCAAUUAUUUGAUAGUUUGUUACAGGGAUUUUAAAAGAAAAAAAAACUUAUUGGAAGAAUUUUAGAUUAAAAUUCUAUUUAGAGAAGACUAAAUCAGGUUUACAAAUCGGUACCUCUCACAUUUCUGUCAUCGCUGUUGACAAUUUGUAGCCCCACUGCCUGUGAAAGGGGCAAUUCACUGAGUUUACGUAGCUCUGGGCCCCACUUAGAAUCGGCACCAGCAGUACACCCUCCACCACUGUGAUCCAUGGAUGGUGUAACUUCCCUCCCCACACACACAGCAUUCAGAAUCCACCCACUCGCUAAAAAUUGAAGCCUAUCCUUUGUGCCUCCUUAGACAUCUAUCCCACCUGCCCCCACCCCCCACCCACACCAUUCAUUCACUGAGCUUCAGACACAGGUGGUUGUCAAAGCUGACAGGAUACUUGGGUCACAUUCUACCUGCCAUGGCAACGUACUGUUUCAGGAUCAACUGUUCCUACUUUCAGAUUGAGGAUCAAUAUUUUGAGCUUUUGUUUAAUUAUUAAAGCCACUGUAAUCCCUGGUAUGUUUGAUUGUUGCGUGCCCUCUGCACCUUAGCACUGAGGGCGGAGAAUGCGGUCAGGUGGGGUGAGCAAUACGUAGCAGGGCAGAGGAAGCUCCAACAAGAUGUUUCCAUCCAUCAAGGCAACAAAUCAUGCAAAGGGCAUCAUGAAAGGAUGCAAGUGGGAAAGAGUAAGGGAUUGAAACUGGAAAAAGCAGUGCACACAUCCAUUCUUGGCACACAGGUGUUGAUGGCAAGCCCACCUUCUUUUGCCCAUUGUUCAUUGUUCUGCCUUAUCACUCAUCUUUUCACUUCAUUAGGGAGCCAAGAGUCAUCCAAAUAUGGGUCUGCAGUCACCUUAGUGUGAAAAGGCUGCAGUAGGUUGUUAGUGACAAUCCAACACUCUGCUCAGACCAGCAACUCCUGUUGCUAGUUCCUUCUCAGUUAAAUUCAGUCUCUGAAGCUGCUUCUGUGAGAUUGAACACAUCUUUCCUGGUUUAUUGAACAUAAAUAGUGGUGAAGAAACCAGUUGCCAACUCAAUGAUAUCUCCCAAAUGCAGAGAAUGAUCACAUUCUGUAAUCACAGCUUCACAAUGUUUGGAGUGAUAUUUCAGACUACAGCCUGUCAAGGGCUCAUUGUGUUUGUGUGGGAUCAUCAGGCACCUAUCCUCACUCAACACUCUGGAAGGUGCUACCUAAAGUUUACUGGCAACCGAUUCCUUAACAUCAGCUUCCAUUGAUCUCCAGUGGACCUCAGACAAGAAUGUUUGAACCCAAUGUCUCUGGCUCCCCACACCUUUCAGCUUCCCUCACCACUCCACAUAUGCCUGCACUAUCAUUGUACUUCACAUCCCUUUCAAACCUUCCUUUAAACCAAUUGUUUUGAACAGGAUUUUCUUCACUCUCUCCAAACCAAUUGGCUUUAAUUCCAUUUCCCUUACCCCUGCCGAAGGGUCAUAAAAUCACUGUACCUCAGAGGCCUUUUAGCCCAUUGAAUCAGUAGCAACUCUUUAACCAACCAACCAGUCCCACUUUCCUACUGUUAAUUCUUCCAAGUGUGUAUCCUGUUCCCUCACAAAAGUCCUGAAUGACAGUUCCCACACAGCGUCCUUUGCUCCAUGACCAUUCUCACAUCCACUUCUCAUCCUUUUGCCCAUGUAACAUGUGCUGAGGAUGGUGGGGUUGGUGUGAUCUGUAAGUCCCUGCUUGGAGUUGCAAUAUCUUGCUUGACUCCCCAAUCUUUCAUGUUAUAACAGGAAGAGGGGUACAUGGGCAGGGAGGCAUCCAAUUUCCUCAUCUCUCCUACUGCCCACUUGUGUAGUCCCAGGUAGACUUAGUCAGUGCUAAGUGGGACAGCUGGUGGAGCUGCUGCCUCACAGCAUCUGAGACCUCUGGUGCCAUUUGUAUGUAGUUUGCACUUCCUGCUGUGACUGUGCGUGUUUUCUCCCACUUCCCAGAGACAUGUGGGUUACUAGAUUAAUUGGCCACUCCUGACAAUGGGUUGGUAGAACCAGUGUGGGAGGAGUUACUGGGAAUGCAGGGAGGUUAGAUUAUAGGGAAAUUGAACAAAGGAUCAGGACUUAUGGGAUCGUGAGUUGGCAGAAUGGGUCAAAUGAUCUUCUACAAAGUAGGAAAAUGUGGAAUAAAGGACACAAGCACUAAGAACACAUAGUGGUCCUCACUCUGCACUGAUUUCAAAUGAAAAACUGGAAAACUUGGUGAACAAUGGGACUCCAGUCACUGGAGGGGCAAAGAGAUACACUUAGCACUGAAAGCCAAUGUACAGGCAGAAAAAUCUAAUGAGUAGUUGGCCCUUAUCUCAAGGGGUGCUCAUAUACAGAGAAGGUCCAUUGGUCAGAUCCCACCAGGAAUGUUUCGUUCUGGCAAACAGCCUUCAGCCCACAAUGUCCAUGUCAGCCACCAGUUAUCUAAUUCAGCCCAUAAGCUUUGUACUGCAACAUUUCUGGUGUUCAUUCAGAUUCUUCUUCAACAUCAUGUCACUUCUUGCUUCCAAUAGCCCCUCUGGGCAAGGUAGGUUGGAAAGAUAUGGGCUACAAUAAAGGCAGGACUUCAAAGGUGGAUUCCUUAGCCUUGGUUGUAUUCAUCUGAGCAUGGAUAUUGAAGGGAUGAUCUCAGUGAGGUGUUCAGGGUGUGGUGGAUUCUGAGAGUUGAUUAAUUCUAUGGGGGUCUUAAAACAGGGAGAUGGAUGGAGAUGAAAGUGAGACCCAACAGUUAAUUGAAGUUCAAGAAACCUGAAUAAGUUCUUUAUUUUUCCAUACCUUCCACAGUAAACUGGGAAUUGGCUGGAAAUUCCCACCCUAAGGACAUGAGGCAAGGAAAUGAAGAUGGUGCAGAUCAGAGGUGAUCUCACAGUGGGGCACUACAGCAUUAGGGAUAGCGCUGUUUUUGGACUCUAGAUUGUAGGCUUUACAACAAUGAAUCUUUAACACUGGAGCAGUCCAGGAUAUUGCACAACACUGUUAAUAAAGUAACAGAUCCUUGAUUGAAGGGAGGUUUUCUUGGAGUGGCUAGUGAUUAUACUUACACCUUUCCCCUUAUCUGUCACUCAGGCUCACAAGUCCAAUUUCCCGCAUGUUUAAUGUAAGUCUCAAUGGGUUAGAAAGGGUGUGGGAGGAAGAGGAUGAGGGAAGUCAAGUGUGUCAAGCUUGUGAAGUGUUGCAGUUCCAGGAACUCCAGUUCAAUUCAGGCAUGUCAGCCAUUCAUUGUUAAACAGCACAGCUCUCAAACCCCCACAUCCCACCACACACUAUCCAUGCACUACAGCAGGACCUCAGGGUCAUUCCACAUCUAUGCCUGACUUCUAUUUUUGGUAAUUGUUGUGCCUGUAUAUUUUAUAUAUAAUGCUGUAUACAUAUAGCAUUAUUCAUAUGGAAAAGUCAUCUCAAAAAGAACCCAGUGCACCAUAUCUAGGGUGACAUACAUCUUUGAGUAUGAAGUCUAUAUCACUACUUUGCUAAUUUUACCUACAUACAACAUAAUUAUUUGUAAGCAUCAAACCCACGGGCAGUAAUAGAAAUUGAGUUAAUUGACAGAGAAAUAAACUAUGCACUAUAUGCGUGUGUAUAUGUCUACACCCAUUGUAUGCAUAUACAUACAUAUACUGUAUACCUGCUUUGUUUAUAUAUUAUAUGGAAAGAAAUGACUUGGCUGUGAUUAGAAGCUACUCUAGAUUCCAGAGCAGGGAAGAAGAGUCUUCAUUCAAUGCCUGCCUUUGGGUCCCAACCUGUAUUUUGUUUGAUGUAUUAAUAUCUGUAUUAAGCACAGCUUUUAAAAGAAAGGGCAGCAAGUGCAAAGAUUUGACACCCAUUCCCCUUCUGCCUGAACAAAUGGUUAUAUUUUUGUACUAUACAAAUUGGAAGAUAAUGAGCCAUUUGUUGCAAAUUAGAUCCUGAUCGGUCAGCAGGCACAUGACAUGAAGCUUUCUGUCACUAAAUGUCUCUUUGGAAGAGUGUGUUCUGUAUCUGUCCAUCUGUUCUGUGAACUACUCUGCAGCAUAUUUCCAGCUUUGCUAUAUACACCCUCUUUUAGCAACAACAAGGAUUUAACCCUUUCAUCUGUAUGUUUGUUUUGUAAAUACACUGUUUAAAUAUUG